GUUUGUACUUAGUAGAUAGAGUAUUAGAGUUGUGUGUCAGAAGUAACUCAGAAGAGAAAGAGUCUACAUCUAAAACAAAUUAUUAUCAGAUAAAAACAGGAAGAGAGAGAGAGAGAGAGAGAUGGCCGACAAAGGAAAAAUGGUUUGCGUCACCGGAGCUUCCGGUUACAUAGCGUCUUGGAUUGUAAAGCUUUUGUUAAUCCGUGGCUACACCGUCAAGGCCACCGUUCGAGACCCAACGGACACGAAGAAAAUAGAGCAUCUUCUUGCAUUAGACGAUGCAAAAGAAAGACUCAAAUUGUUCAAAGCAGAUCUUUUGGACGAAGGUUCUUUCGAACAAGCUAUCCAAGGUUGUGAUGCUGUCUUCCACACCGCUUCUCCGGUUCUAUUCAUCGUCACAGAUCCUCAGACUGAGCUGAUUGAUCCAGCCUUGAAGGGUACUAUAAACGUCCUUAAUACAUGCAAAAAAACUCCAUCUGUCAAAAGGGUCAUUCUAACAUCUUCCAUGGCUGUGGUUCUUCGUCCUCAACCUCCUAUUGGGCCAAACGACGUGGUGGACGAGACUUUCUUCUCUGAUCCAAGUCUAUGCAAGGAGACAGAGAAUUGGUAUGUACUCGCCAAGACUUUGGCAGAGAAUGCAGCGUGGCAGUUUACCAAAGACAACGGAAUCGAUAUGGUCGUGCUGAAUCCAGGAUUUAUAAUUGGGCCACUCUUGCAACCAACUCUUAAUUUUUCGGUGGAGCUAAUCGUGCAUCUCAUAAAUGGUAACAACCCUUUCAAUAAUAAAUACUACAGGUUCGUGGACGUGAGAGAUGUUGCCUUAGCUCAUAUCAAAGCCUUGGAGACUCCUUCAGCCAAUGGCAGAUACGUCAUCGAUGGUCCAAAUAUGAGUGUAAACGACAUUAAAGAGCUUUUGCGUGAGUUAUUUCCAGAUCUGUAUAUUGCUGAUACGAAUGGAGAAAGUGAUCAGAUGACUGAAAUGAGUUACAAAGUGCGUGUAGAGAAAGUGAAGAAUUUGGGAGUUGAGUUAACUCCUAUGAAAUCAAGCCUUAGAGACACUAUUGUUAGCCUCAAAGAGAAAUGUCUUUUAUGAUUUUGUUCAUAUCUUUUAUAUUUAUAACUACUGUGUUUUGUUCAUUUUUUUUUGGUAAUGCGAACUUAGAGUGAUUUAAGUUGUGGGGACUUAUAAAGCUCAAGUAUUUUGCUUUGUUU